UAUACUGAUGUUUACAUUUCCAUUUUUAGGAAAACCUGUGCAAGAUUCAGCAGACAGCCGCACAAACUCGAAGAUUGGGUUGAACUGGAGUCUAGCGGAAUUAAACAGCUUUGUUUGUCACAGCUACCCUCACAUAAGCUUAAAUUUGGUUGGGUUUGAAUUGGCAAGAACAGGCAAAGGACGCAAAAUCCAGAUAUUGAAUGUUAGUUCUGUGAGGGAACUAAAAACAGCUGUUGGCAAAAGCAGACUUUACAUCGUGCCACGAGCCACUGUCUUGCAGGAAACCUCACCACCCUCAGCCAUGUCCCAGAAUUCAUUCCCACCACUUUCUGCAGCUCCAGCAGCAGAUGAGACCUCACAGGUGGCAUCCACAUCCUCUGCCAUAUCCAUGGUUUCAUUCCCACCACUCUCAAUUGCUCCAGUACAAGAUGAGACCGCCCCUUUGGCUGAGAGUACCCAAGCUCAAAGUGUGGUUGCAAAUCGGGCUCUUCAAGAAUGGCAAGCAAUACGUGCCCAGCAAGACCAGGAAUAUAAUGACAACUUGUUGGUGGAUCAGGAGAAGGAGAAGAAGAAACUAGCCUAUCAGGCCUGUGAGGAAAGGCGUCAAAAGGUUUGUUUGUAA